UGGUUUGAUACGCAACUUAGUACAAGGAAUAAAGGCGAGGCUCAGCCAGUUAGGUCCUGGAAAGCUUCGUCGAAUGACCCAUUUGCGGAUCGAAUGAGUUACCAGUCCAACGACGUUGUUGAGGCACUUGUGCGAGAGUAUCUCGUGCGAGCUGGCUGCACUGCCUCCCUUGAAGCCUUCAAUCGGGAGAAGCCGAAGCACGCCAACAGCAUCACCAAGCGGGAGAUAUUGCGAAAGUCCUUGGGCCUCGAGAAGGCGACUGCAUACUACAAGAAGCAGAAUCCCGCAGCGGACGGCCUUCCAUCUACGCUUGAAGUUUGGGUUAUACAUCAGAUGGCCAAGCUGAGCGCCACGCCAGAAGCCGCUGGACCAAUACAACUACAGGCCCAACGCCUAGCGCCAGCUCCAGCCCGGCCCAUACCCCGGGCGGUUACAGAGCCUGAGGAGGUGUCCGUGCCGGUGGCCUCUUCAGGUCCCCCACGCAGACCUGCCUCAGGCAGCGGCGCCAUUCCCAGCCCGGCAGCCGUCUCUACCUCCGCAAGCCCUCAAGGUGCUGUGCCUGCGUGGCGUCGAAGGGGAAUGGUGGACGUGCUGCGCAAGAGCGUGUCGGGAAAAUCCAGGUCCAGAAAGAGUCUGGCCCUAAAAGUGUCGGCGGCGUCGCCCGCGCAAUCAUUGCAGGGUGCAUCGGGGCGUCCGCCUGAAACCCCAACGGCCAGCCGGUCUCGGCGGUCACUCGCGCGCCCGCCGUCGAUCAUGCCGCGUCUCGCACCCAUGCCGCAAACACGCGCUGGCCCUGCUGCAGCCCCCAGCCAAUCACCGCAGUCCCAAGGGCUCACGCACCUACCGCCCGUGCGCGGCGCAACCAAGCACAGGCCCUCCUCACGCAUGAACGUGUUACCCCAUCUGCACCGCCAUCAGCAGCAGCACAUGCAGGCACAGCAGCAAAUGCAAGCACAGCCACUCCACCCGCAUGCGCACGUCAUGGCCGCAGCAGCACACGUGCACGCCCAUGCACCCGAAGCGGCAUCUCCUAGAAGCAGCAACCCCCCCAGCUUCAGCUCCUCGCCUAGUAAAGCAUGCGCGGCCUAUACAGCUACCUCUUCUGUUGCCAGUCCCGCCGCGUCCUGCUCCCACUCCUAUUCCAUUCCUUCCAUGGCCACUCCCUCGACCUCGACUUCUACCGCCACCACUGUCACUCCCACCUCCUCUGCCGCCACCACCACCACCGCCGCCACCGAGCCUGACCUGCGCGGCCCUCGGUGGGAGGCGACGGCGUCGUCCUCGCACGAAGGGGGGGCAGGCCGACCGGCUCCAGUACGGCAGGGUUUUGGGUUCGGAGAAACC